ACUUGGAGAGGUGAGCGAGGCAGCCCGCGCAGCGGGUGACUCGGGGGCUGGGUUUGGAGAAGGACCUGCGGCGUGCUGGAGACUCCGACUUUUGUCUUGCGGCGCGCUAGCGCCCGCGGGCCAUGCCCCACUGACCCUAAGUGAGCACUGCCCCGGCUCCAGGAGGGCGAGACCGGAGCACUGGCCAUGGGAAGCCUCCAGCUGGAAGACUUUGCGGCGGGCUGGAUCGGAGGUGCAGCCAGUGUCAUCAUCGGCCACCCUCUGGACACGGUCAAGACUCGCCUGCAGGCCGGGGUCGGCUACGGAAACACCCUCAGCUGCAUUCGCAUGGUGUACAGGAGGGAGAGCGUGUUUGGCUUCUUCAAGGGCAUGUCCUUCCCCCUUGCCAGCAUUGCCGUCUACAACUCCAUGGUGUUUGGGGUCUUCAGUAACACGCAGCGGUUCCUCAGCCAGCAUCGCUGCGGGGAGCCCGAGGCCAGUCCUCCACGCACGCUCUCGGACCUGCUCCUGGCCAGCAUCGUGGCCGGUGUGGUCUCUGUCGGGCUGGGAGGGCCCGUGGACCUCAUCAAGAUCCGGUUGCAGAUGCAGACACAACCGUUUCGGGACGCCAACCUCGGUUUGAAGUCCAAGGCAGUGGCUCCUGGGGAGCAGCCAGCAUACCAGGGGCCCGUGCACUGCAUUACAACCAUUGUGAGGAAUGAGGGCCUGGCAGGGCUGUACCGGGGGGCCAGUGCCAUGCUGCUGAGGGAUGUCCCAGGCUAUUGCCUCUACUUCAUCCCCUACGUGUUCCUGAGUGAAUGGAUCACACCUGAGGCCUGCACAGGCCCCAGCCCCUGUGCCGUAUGGCUGGCGGGCGGCAUGGCAGGAGCAAUUUCUUGGGGGACAGCGACUCCUAUGGAUGUUGUGAAAAGUCGACUCCAAGCUGAUGGGGUUUAUUUAAACAAAUAUAAAGGUGUCCUGGAUUGUAUCUCCCAGAGUUACCAGAAGGAAGGUCUUAAAGUGUUUUUCAGAGGCAUCACUGUGAACGCGGUGCGGGGCUUCCCCAUGAGUGCGGCCAUGUUCCUUGGGUACGAGCUGUCGCUGCAGGCUAUCCGCGGGGACCACGCAGUGACGAGUCCAUGAGUGCCAGGAGGUGAACACAGGGUGACUAGUGUUCCCUGGGCCUCAUCUCUGCAUGUGAAGCCCUGAGAGCUGCAGAGGUUUGGCCUUUGGACCUCCAAGUGGACAUCAAUUAGCAAGCGUGGGCCAGGAUGGUGCAGACGCUGACGUGGUUCUUCUGAUGCUUGGGAUACCUCAUGAGUCACCGGUUCAAGCCCUCCAAGGUCUGAUCCCCAAUGCCCACUCUGCUAGGCUGGCAUCAAAGAAGUUUCCAAGAUAAUGUUUGGUCCAGAGAAGUCCAGACCAUGAGCACCAGGGAGCCAGAAACCAUCCAGUGAAACGUUGCCCCGCUCCUCUGGCUUAGGAUGGGGAGGGGCCCGUGAGCUCUGGGCUCAGCCACUCCCUCCAGUCUCAAGUACCACGCCCCCGUGCCUCCCGUCUCCUCUCAGCACCGACAGGGUUUCUCCUGGCUCCUGUACCGGUGGAUCCCGAGGACAGCAGUAGCUCCUUCCUCAACCGCACACUGAGUCCAGCACGUGCUCCUCACUGCGCACUUAUUAGUGUCUGUUGAGUGAUUCAAUCACAUCCUCAGGUCUGUAGCAAAUAAAUGAAGAUUUCUUUAUUUUUUGUUAA